UCCUCAGAAGCCUCCCGCCCAAUCUCCCAUUCCCUUAACUCCAAUGAAACCCUAGCAACCUUCUCCCAUGGAGUUUCAUUCAUUCACAACUCUCCGGCCAUCUCCUCCCUGCUCCUAUCCUCCGAGCAGCCCCCUCCUCUCCUACAAAUGCUCGUUCCGUCGCCGGAGAAGACUCAAUUUCCGCCGCAGCAAGCUGUCCUCUCUUCGGAUAACGGCGACCGCGGCAAGAAACAUCAACGGAGCCGCCGAUGUGGACUGUGAAGUGAAUCGCGACGAGUUUUGGGGGAACUCCGAGUUCGUUGAAGUCAUCGGCAUCGGAAGCCGCAACGACGCCGUUUUCGACUUCUGUAUGGAAUCGCCGUUCCAGUUUUCGUCCCUGCGAUUCUGGAAUAUUGUCAUUAAGGACUCAAUGAAGGCACAAUUACAACGGCGGAUCGUCGGGAAAGAUGUAGCUCCGAUAGUGUUUGAAGCGCCGAUGGCUUCAAAUUCGUGCGCAAAGGCUGUUAUACUUGUGGCAAGUGCAGGAUAUGGCUUGGAUCUCACGACAGCAAUUGAUAUACUCAAAGCUAUAAGAUCUGCAAAUGGGUUUGUGGUUACUAUUAUCAUGAAACCAUUCAGCUUUGAAGGACAGAGACGCCAAGAUGAGGCGAAAAAUCUCAUCGAGAAAUUUCAGGAGCACACAAAUUUACUUAUUAGUCUUGAUACUGACAUGUUACUGAAAAAGGACUUGGUAACUUUAGACGAGGCUGUCAAGACUGCAAAUAACGCUGUUUUAAUGGCAAUAACUGCUGUAUAUGUUCUAACAUCUGAUAUACACAGAAAAUUUAUCGUUGCAUCCCACUAUGAAGUGAAAAGAAUAGAAGUUUCAGAAGUAAUGCAAGUUUUGGAAAGAUAUAAGGAAGCGAAAAUUGGAUUUGGUGCUGGCUACAACAUCGAAACUUCUAUUUUAAGAUCCAUGUAUGACUGCCCUUUCCUGACUGUGGGUGUAAAGGACUUGGAUGGAAUGAUUUUAUGCAUUGUUGCAAGUUCAGGUGCUAUUGAGGACAGUGAUGUACAGGAGAUUUUGCGUACUUUGCGUCAAACUACAGAAUAUGAAGGAGAAAUCUUAAUUUCUGCAAUUCGUGAACCCAGUCUAGAGCCCAACCUGCUAGUCACAACAGUCUUUAUCUUAGGUUUUGCCGAAAAGCAGGUCUCUCAGAAAAGUAGCAUAUUGUCUGGGUUGGCUCACCAUUUUCCGUUCAUUUUCAAUCUAUUUAGUAAACACCAACCGCAAACAAAUGACACUCAGAAAAAUCGUGCACUUCAAAAUGCUCUUCCUAAAGAGACAGAUUCCCCAGAUUAUAAUGAGCUGGCAAAUAUAAAUGCUGUUGAUGAUAAAUCUAAAGAUUUUAACAAUUACUCUGAAGAACCUCAGACAGGAACCAACAACAAUUAUAAUGAAUUCCACAUUUCCAGUGGAUCUGAGCAAGCUGGUAUUGAAUCGUCUGAUUUAUAUGAUCCAAUAGUAAAAGAAACUCAUGUGUUCCAAAGGCAACCACUUGCGAGUUGGAACUUUGGGAAUGAGCAUCAGAUUGCAAAGGAUUGGGGGAAAGAGAUGGGUGGUGAAGAUGGAGCUACUCUGAUGCUUGAUAACCUGAGUAUCUUCUGUCUUCCAGUUGGUGUGAAGUCUCCUGAAGAGUUGAAAGACAAUGUCUCAUUUCCCACUCAAAAGUCAGGAAAAAAUAAGGAUGAUGUCAAAGUACAACCAGUUGUGAAUGUAAGCACGUCGUCUUGGAGUUCAAUGAAUGACACAAGUCUUGAGGCAGUGAAAGAAUUUUAUAAUACAGCAUCAGCUCUGGUUAAAGGAAAAGAUGCUGAAAUUCACAAGCAACGGAAUAUCUCUGUUCGUGCAGCAUCCAUGCUGGAAGCAGAACGGGAUUCACCAAAAAAGUGGAGUCCUGUGGUGGAGAUGCAGUACAGAGGAGGGAUUUACAAAGGACGGUGCCAAGGAGGUCUUCCUGAAGGAAAGGGUCGUCUGGUUCUUGGAGAUGGAAGCAUCUAUGAUGGUAUGUGGCGCUAUGGAAAAAGAUCGGGUCUGGGUACAUUCUACUUCAGUAAUGGGGAUGCGUUCCAGGGAUCAUGGAGGGAUGAUGUCAUACAUGGCAAGGGUUGGCUUUAUUUUCACACUGGGGACCGAUGGUUUGCAAACUUCUGGAAAGGAAAGGCCAACGGUGAGAGCCGCUUUUACUCAGAGUCUGGUGAUGUCUUCUUUGGCAAUUUUCAAGAUGGUUGGCGACAUGGUCAGUUCAUUUGCAUCGAUGUUGAUGGAAGGAGGUUUAUUGAGAAUUGGGAUCAAGGUGUUAUUGUAAGCCGUAAAUUGGACUCUGAUAAUGGUGAUGGCUAAAGAGUCUGUUUGUAAUUAUCUUGUAAAUCGCCCAAGGGGAAGUGAAUUAUCGGCAUUUGGUCGUUUCCCUGGCUACUUUACCAGCUUGUUUUUGGCUAAACAGUGUACUUGUAAUUAUCUUGUAAAUUGACUUGAAGGGGAAGUGAAUUCGCAUUUCUAUUUUCUUUC